GUGAAGGAGGUUGGAGAGCGGAGAGCAGAGAGCUCGGGCGAACUGGCACUGACGGCUCUGAGGCUCGGGCGAUGAGCCGAAACCAGCGGGGCAGAGCAGAGCUUCGGGUUCGGCACCUUUACGGACUGCUAUGCAGGAUUGACCAGAAUGUCUGCGAGGAAGAUCUCAUCCGAGUCGUUCAGCUCCACCAGCUCGGACUACCCGGACAGCCCGGAGGAUGCUGGCUGUCCGUUUUCACGGCUGCUGAAUGGGAAGAGCUCAGUUUCGGGGAGCAGGUCGGCGGCUCGCCGGCGCGUUAAUCUGGACUGUCUAGGAGCGAGCAUCCGGAAACUUGUCUUUCCAACGCCACAGACGUUACAGUGGGCUCUACAGAGAACUCUGCAUUAUUUUGAGUGCCAAGAAACCAGAGAAUUAGAGAGCGACCUGCGACCGUCAAACAGAUGUCCAAGCACAGAUCAUACAGUCAGUGAGGAGCUGGAAGAUGUCUCAGGAAUACUCCAAUGCUCAGCAAAUGUCCUUGGUUUGAAGCUUGAAGAAUUGCAAGCAAAAUUUGGUGAAGAGUUGUUCUGCAUCUGUUUUGAAGAGAAUGAAAGGGUCCUUCGGGCAGUGGGCAGUACAUUACAGGAAUUCUUUGGGGGUUUUGAUGCUUUGCUGGAAAAUGCAAGGAUAUCAAGAAGUAAACAUGAUAAGUUUGAAUCCCCUUCUUUCCUAUGCAAGGAACUACCUGACGGUACUUUGAAACUACAUUACUUGUAUCCACAGAAAAUUGUUGGAUUUGCAAUGCCUGGACUUAUCAAAGCUGCAGCACAGAAGAUCUAUCAGAUGGAAGUUGAUGUGGAGCAAAUGGUCAACGUCCCCGAAACUUUGACCUCUGAUGGCAUAAACCAGAGCAAUUGCCUAACCUUCAUUAUCAAAGUCUAUAAUGAUGCAACAAAUGUGAACUUAGUUCCACAGGGACUAACCCACUCCCCAUCUGAUCUAAGGAUAAGCAUAAGCACUUUUUGCAGAGUUUUCCCAUUUCAUUUGAUGUUUGAUCCAAAUAUGUUAAUUCUUCAGCUUGGAGAAGGGCUCAGGAAACAACUGAAGUGUGACAUACAUAAGGUUCUGAAAUUUCAGGACUGCUUUGAGAUAGCUUCACCAAAGAUUUGUUGUACUUUUCAAUGGAUUCUGUCAAGGCUAUCCACACCAUUUGUUAUUCGAACCAAGCCAGAUGGUACUGGAUUAGAAAGUCAAGACAAAGUGAUGGAGAUAAAAGGACAAAUGAUUCAUGUACUUGAAUCAAACUCUGUCCUCUUCCUGGGCUCACCGUGCGUUGACAAGCUAGAGGAGUUAAUGGGACGAGGUUUACAUCUUUCGGACAUACCUAUCCAUGAUGCCACUCGUGAUGUUAUUCUGCUAGGUGAGCAAGCCAAGGCCCAGGAUGGCCUGAAGAAGCGUAUGGACAAGUUGAAAGCAACCCUUGAGAACACACACCAAGCCUUAGAGGAAGAGAAAAAGAAGACAGUGGACUUACUAUAUUCCAUUUUCCCAGGAGAUGUUGCCCAGCAACUGUGGCAAGUAAAAUCUGUGCAGGCAAGAAAGUUUGAUGAUGUUACCAUGCUUUUCUCUGACAUUGUUGGCUUCACAGCUGUUUGCGAGCAGUGCACGCCAAUGCAAGUGAUCAGCAUGCUGAAUGAGCUGUAUACCAGAUUUGACUACCAGUGCGGAAUCCUGGAUGUAUACAAGGUUGAAACAAUAGGUGAUGCAUAUUGUGUUGCUGGAGGAUUACACAGAAAGAGCAGGAAUCACGCUAAACUCAUUGCUCUGAUGGCACUAAAAAUGAUGGAGCUGUCUGAGGAAGUACGGACACCAAAUGGAAAGCACAUCCAGUUACGGAUUGGGAUCCAUUCUGGCUCUGUCCUGGCAGGAGUCGUUGGUGUGAAAAUGCCUCGUUAUUGCUUGUUUGGAAACAACGUCACUCUGGCCAGCAAGUUUGAAUCAGGAAGUCAACCACGCCGCAUUAAUGUCAGUCCCACAACCUACCAGAUAUUAAAAGGAGAUGAGAACUUUACGUUUAUUCCACGCUCGCAGAGUGACCUCCCAGAAAACUUCCCGAAGGAAAUUCAUGGAAUAUGUUAUUUUCUGGAGGCUAAUGUUUCUCCAAAUGCAUCAAGGAUGAUAAGCAUGCCUGCGUGCACCAAGAGAAAAUCAUACAGUAUUGGGACAAUGUUCCUUCGUGAGACCAGUUUAUGAGAUGCAGUGCGUUCUGGUGAGUGGCUUAGGAACAUGCCAUGCACAGCUAGAAACGACGUCUGGACAUUUGACACAAACUUUCUCAAAAGCUAAAUAUUCGCCCCAAAGCUUGAAUACGGAGAAGUCAAAUUAAUGAUUCGAUAAAUGCACAGCACCUUGACUGAAGGUAUAUGUUCAUUUCUGAUAAGGUGUGGAAGAGAAAGUAAAAUUAAUAGCAUUCUGUCUUAAAUAAUUUUUGUACACCAAAAUAGCUUUCAGUUACAUGGACCAUUCUUACAUAUUUUUAACUAUUUUAAAUGUAUUUAUUCAUAAUUCAUACAUUAGAAAUAAACAAAGCAGAUGUAACAUUGUUUUUAGUUGAAGUGAGGGUUCUGACUUCUUUUACACUGCAGUUCAUGGAACGCAGAUUUUAAAGUGUAAAUUUUCUAAGUGUGGGCCAAAGAUGUCCCUCUGACAUAUAUUAUAGGUCAAGAUUGUACAGUUUAUCUGGGAUUAUUUUGUUAAAUGUGUACAGCUUGAUGUUGGCAGAAUUGUCUCCAGAUGGAAAUUUCUCCAAUUUCAACAGUGUCAUAUAUUAAGGAGAGAAUAUGACAUUAAAACUGUUAAUAAUCAAAUACAUAUAUUGUUUAAUGUCUCAGUAAGAAAAAGGCUUUGGAGAUGUGAUCGGCCAAGUGGUUUCCCUCUGCACUGUAAACUUCUGUGAUUCUGU